AUGCUUUCCAAAUUGUUGUUGGUCGUCUUGUCGACUAUCUUUGCGUGUGUCCAUGCUGCUACGGACGCUGUGGUGACCCAUAAAGUUUUCCUGGAUGUUUCUCACGGUGACAAGGCCGCUGGACGGAUUGUGAUUGGACUAUUUGGUGAAGUGGCCCCCAAAACGGUGCAAAAUUUCUACGAAUUGGCCAUUUCUGAGGACCCAGCAAUGGGAUACAUCAACUCUACUUUCCACCGUGUGAUUCCCAAUUUCAUGAUCCAAGGUGGUGAUUUUACCGAUCAUUCAGGAACCGGUGGGAAGUCGAUCUACGGCUCUACUUUCGAGGACGAAUCUUUCGAAUUGAAGCAUGACAGACCUGGACGUUUGUCGAUGGCCAACAGAGGUCGCAAUACCAAUGGUUCCCAAUUUUUCAUUACUACCGUCCCCACACCAUGGCUAGACGGCAAACACGUUGUGUUUGGAGAAGUUCUAGAGGGUAUGGACGUGGUCACAUAUGUGGAAAACGUUCCAACGGGUGCUAUGUCGAGGCCAAAAGUCACCGUGCGUAUUGCCAGCUGUGGCGAGGUCGAAACCGUACCUGUGAUAGAAAAACGCAAAGAAAGUAUUCAUGACGAAUUGUAG